ACGAUGGCUGGAAAUCCUUCGAGCCCUGGGAGAGGACGAUCGUUGGCCACAUUGAGUUCGAUUGUUGCCGGGCUGUUGUUUCUCGCUUUGAUAGGAAUGGGAAUUUAUUCCCACUCUUUGGCCGUGACAACUGUUCUCGGAACUUCUCCAUUUCCGCGGAAUGGGAUCGACAUAGCUUAUAUUGACGACGAUCAUAAUCGGGGGAAGGAGGAGGACGGUAGAACUCGCUCUCCACGCUCGCCCCCAGUUUUGGACGGUACGGUGGAGGAAGUGCAAAGGGCUGAGAUUGUGUGGCAGUUAGAGGACAUCAGAUACUUGAUCAAGGAUCUGGAGUCGAUGACACAGGGUGAGGACAAGGGCAUACAUGCAUUCAGAAUGCGGUUCCAAAAGAUAUCUGAUGCAUUGAUGGCAAAGGGAAAGUUUUCGGAGGUCGACCGGUGCACGAUUUUCAUUUGUCGACUGCCCAGAGGGAAACAGAAGGGGAUACUCAGGGAACUCCCUCAUGACAAGAUAAAUUCUACGACGGUUCUCAAGUUGGCUAUGAAAGCUGAAGUAGAAGACUAUAAGGAUUUGGUUUGGAGAGGGAUGCGACGACGGGACUUCUCUCUCUACCGAGAGUACGAUACGGAGAGGUGUCCUGACUUCAAUGAUCAGCCUUGGGCGGAUCGACGAUAUUUGUUGGAUGGAGACCGACUGCACCGACCUACAGAGGUUGUGAUAGAUGAGAUGAGGGAGAUGAAGGAGAUGAUCAAGGUCUUGGCUCGACAAGUUGCGAGGAUAAAGGCGAAGACGGAGACUGUUGGUUAUCAGACGAGGAACGGUUUGUCUCACUCGCUGAGGUGCGAUCGAGUUAGGACUGGUUCAGCGUACUCGCUAAGGUGGGAUAAUCGAGACCCAAGACCGUGGAGAGACGCGAACGAUAGAAACCUUCGGACAUUAGCCGAUAUCGAGCGAGGGAGCAACAAUAUCAUAUACGUUGCGACGAUUCCCCUAGGAACAAGGACGAAGAUCGUGAUCGACCAUUUGACUACCCUAAAGACUAUACGAGAGGUAGGGACAACGGGUAUCGACGACACGUGGAAGAAGAUAGAGGAGGAGAUGGUCAGAGAGAAAGAAAGGUUGAAGAAAGAGGAGGAGGAGAAGUUAAAGGAAGUAGAAGAAGAAGAAGAAGAAGUAGAAGAGGAGCCAUUGGAGAGAGGAAGGAGAGGAAACAGGGGGUAUGAGGAGGCGUUAAUGUAUGUGUCGAAGGACGAGCAGGAGGCGGCCGUGCAAGAGUGGGAAGCUGAACGAGACCCACUCAGGCGACAAGUGCUAGAAGAUGAGAAGAGGAUGGAGUGGAAGUUCCGCCUCACUAGGGAGAGGAAGAGAAGAAUGGAGGCGGCAACAGAGGCGGCGAAAGAGUUGGAAGAGGUCCGGAAGCAAAAGGAUCAGAUGGCUGUCCAAGUAGAUUUAUUGGGAAAGGUAGAGAUCCUGGUCAAGAACGUGGAACGCCUGGCAAGGGUCCACGAGGAGCAACUUUUAUUUGGGAGAGGCCAGGACAUUGCUGUGCGUUCAAUACGGUCGGGACUUAGGGACUUUGCUCGGGAGUUGGCCAUGCAGGUGGGCUCACAUGUGACAGCCCGCCUCGAGGGCACUGAACGAUACUGUGUUGGUGCCAUUGAGGGCGCCAAGCUGACUGCCCCAAAGGAAGAAGAAGCACGUCCCCGUAGAGAACCGAUCAAAGUGAAGUUCCCUGAUUCCUACAGUGGAAAGAAGGACGAGAACUUUGACAACUGGGAGGCCAACGUUAAAACGUACGUGCACCUGCAGAAGGUGUCUCCCGAUGAGCAGGUCCUAAUCGCCAUCCAUGCGUUGAAGGAAGAAGCCGCCAGUCUCGCACACUCCUCUGUCCGCGCUGCUAAUUGCAGCGACGAUGUGGUUGCCUACUCUGCCUUUACCCCCCUCGCUGAUUUUCUUAAGUUGUUGCGCGAACGAUUUGCAGAUGUCUCGCGCAGCGUCAGAGCCUCUGACCGAUUGCAGACUAUCCACUCUCACCAGUGGAGGAGUGCCAAGGCACUCAAGGGAGUAAUGGAUGAAUUAGUGGCUGUUCCUGACCAUGGGGUCACAGAGACCCAACCGGUCAACCUCUUCUAUCGGGCUAUGCCCGAGUCAUUGCGUGGGCACUUCUUCGAGAAGAGCCAGCAACCCACCAUGACCUACGACGCAUUGAGCAGGGAAGUGGUGGCGUUUAAAGCAAAGUCUGUGUCAGUCUCCACUUUCUGGCACAAGGACCUGGACAAAGGAAAAAGGUGGAAGGGUCGCACUAUCUCAGGAGGCCGAGCUGGCGCCUUAGUGGAUAGGGGAGCCACUCGUAGUUAUAUCAGUAGGAAGGCGCCGCAGAAGCUGAAGUUGCAGUUGAAAGUCCAACGACUAGCAGAUCCCAUAGUAAGUAUCCUCGCGGACAAUCGCACCAUGCGAGUAGAGGAGUACGUAGAGGGAGUCCAGGCGUAUUUCCGCCUAGAAAAGGAUGGGAAGGUGGAGAAAGUUCUCCAUUCCCUGACUCUCCUCGUAGAGGAUAGCCUCCCGUUUGACAUAGUCCUAGGUAUGGACUGGGGAGAGGCAGUUGGGCCCACACUCCGCUUGAGAGAGCACGAGUGUAGGCUCCCUAGUCCAUCAGGCGGUGUUAAGACUGCCCGUCUGUUUCAUGCCUCUGGAGUAGACAACUCCCUGGGGCAUUGCUGCCUUAGCGCUCCUGCGUUCGCAAGGUUAGUGAAGAAGGAGCAGCUAGAGGAACAAAUUUUUGUAGCCUAUGUUAGGCCAGUUGUUGAGCCUAAGGAGGAGAAGCCUAUAGACCCUGCUAUUGCCAAGCUGUUGGAAGAAUUCACUGACUUAGCGAAGCCGCCGACAGGAGUAGUACCGCGGCCGAUCCAGCAUCGUAUUGAGAUUGAGCCUGGCAGUAGGACCCCCAAGGGAGCAGUGUAUAGGAUGUCCCUGCGGGAGUUGGAGGAGCUGCGCAAGCAGUUAGACGAGCUCCUAGAGAAGGGUUGGAUUAGGCCCAGUUCGUCUCCAUUUGGAGCACCUAUUAUGUUUGUCCCCAAGAAGGAGGGAGAGCUUAGAUUGUGUAUAGACGAUAGGGGUCUGAACGCUAUCACAGUUAAGAAUGCUGAGCCACUGCCCAGGAUAGACGAUCUUUUAGAUUGGGUGCAAGGGUGCAGAUAUUUUCCGAAUAUAGAUUUGAAGUCCGGAUAUCAUCGGAUAGAGGUUCAUCCUGAUGAUCAGUACAAGACAGCGUUCCAGACUAGAUACGGGCAAUACGAGUUCAUAGUGAUGCCCUUUGGACUAACCAACGCGCUAGCGACCUUCCAGCGAUGUAUGAAUGAUUUGUUUAGGCCGUGGUUAGAUAGGUUUGUUGUAGUUUAUUUGGAUGACAUCCUAGUGUUUAGCAAGAACCUCCAAGAGCAUCAGGGCCAUCUGAGGCAGGUCUUGGAGAAGUUGAGGGAAGCUAACUUCAAGAUCAACGCAAAGAAGUGCGAAUGGGAAAAGACCCAAGUUUUGUAUUUGGGCCACGUCUUAGACGGAGACGGCAUCAAGCCAGAGGAUAGUAAGAUUGCAGCGAUCAGGGAUUGGCCUACACCACGUACGUUGACAGAGUUGCGGUCAUUCUUAGGCCUAGUGAACUAUUAUAGGAAGUUCGUAAGGAACUUCUCCACUAUUGCUGCGCCCCUUCGCAGGUUGCUAAGGAAAGAAACCAUCUGGAAGUGGGAUAAGGACUGCACGUCUGCCAUGAAGAAGUUGAAGCAGGCACUGGUAGAGUAUCCAGUCCUUAAGGUGGCCGAUCCGUCCUUACCCUUUGUCGUCACUACGGACGCCAGUCAGUACGACAUCGGUGUUGUUCUGCAGCAAGACAAUGACAAUGGAUAUAGGCCCGUAGAGUUCAUGUCUGCUAGGAUGCCUUCAGAGAAGGUUGCGUUAUCUACCUAUGAGAGGGAACUCUACGCUCUCAGACAAGCGCUAGAACACUGGAAGCACUACUUGCUUGGGAGGCACUUCAAAGUCUAUUCCGACCACGAGACGUUAAGAUGGUUAAAGACGCAGGCCAAGAUGACACCUAAGCUUACUAGGUGGGCCGCAGAAAUAGACCAGUAUGAUUUUGAGCUCAAGCUAGUCAAGGGGAAAUAUAAUGUAGUUGCAGAUGCUUUGAAUAGGAGAGUCGACUACUUUGGAGCAAUAGUUCACUAUCUGGACAUAGGGAGAGACCUGCAGCAAAAGGUCAAAGAAGCAUAUGCACAGGACCCUAUCUAUAGUGACCUCCUCAAGAGAGUAACGGAGGCCCCAGASACCGAGCCAGAUUACCGCACUACUGACGGACUGUUAUUUGAGAAGACUAACGUAGUUGACCGUCUGUGCAUUCCCAAUAGUGAGGAGAUCCGUAGUUUGAUCUUAGGAGAAUGUCACGACACAGAGGGUCAUUUUGGUUGGCAAAAGACUCAAGCCAAUCUAAUGCACGCGUACACCAGACCGGGAAUGAAGAAUGACUGCAUAGACGAUCAGCUGUCUGGCAGCACUCCCGAGCCGUGUGCCCGAUCAAUCGCCAUGGCAUGGAUAGCCUCAAAGAUUCCUAGUAACCCGAGUGGUGUGCUCUUUCUUGCACAUGGAUGCUACCAUAAAGCAACCGACUUUUGGGAUCAAUCACCAAAGUGUCCUGACUGCUAUGGAUGGCCCGAGGAUCGGAAUGUGACGCUUGCAGCAUUGGACAGAGGACUAGCAGUGCUUGCAAUGUCGAGCCACGACCUGUGCUGGGAUGCUAAGUGGCCACCAGAGUCUGGCGUGGAUGUGAAGAGAGCCAUAUUGAUGCUGCAAACCUGGAGCUGUCUCUUAUACACAUCUAGAUGUGUAUAAGAGACAGUCUAGGUCCUGUGCGAACAGUCAAAUCUGAGGCUG